AUGACUGCGUUUCUGAGAAUAACAGAUGGAACACUCUUCCAUGAGGAGCUGAAAAACUUUGUAAAUAAAAUUAGCUACACUGGGCCAUAUAACGAAACAAUAUGUUUUGAUGACAAAGGAGAAUAUCCUGAAGUACUGGACAUUGAGAAUUGGAAAUUUAAACAAAUAGGACAUAAAAGUAUUCCCCAUCGGACAGCUGUUGGUAGAUUUGAUCCACACCUGGAAGAAGAUCAGCAGAUGCUUAUUAUACCAUGGAUGAUAGAAUGGAAACACGGCAAGAUUCCACUAGGAUUGUGUACUGCAGUCUGUCUUCCAGGAACCAGACGGGUGCUAAAGAAAGACUCUCAAACCUGUUGCUGUGACUGUAUCCCAUGCUCAGAGGGAGAAAUAUCCAAUGUGUCUGACAGUAAAAGCUGCCUGAAAUGCCCUGAUAAUGAAUGGCCUAAUGAAUAUAAAGAUGAUUGUCUUCCAAGAACAGUAGAAUUUCUAUCAUACACAAAAGACACAAUAACUAUAAUUUUUACUUCAAUAUCUGUCCUAUUUUUUAUCUUAGCCAUCUUUAUAAUUGCAAUAUUUGUUUCAUACCGGGAUUCUCUAAUAGUAAAAGCCAAUAAUAGAAACCUUAGCUUCAUCCUUCUAAUUUCUCUUAAGAUGAGCCUACUCUGUGUGCAUCUGUUCAUCGGUCAUCCAGUGGACAUCACCUGCAUGCUACGCCAAAUAUCCUUUGGAGUACUAUUCACUGUGGCCGUGUCUUCUGUUUUGGCCAAGACUGUCAUGGUUUUCAUUGUUUUUAAAGCCAAUAAACCUGGAAGUUCAUGGACAAAAUGGCUGGGUGUUAAAUUGCCAAAUUCUAUAGUGUUGGUCUGCUCAUCUGUUCAAGUUCUCACCAGUGCUAUUUGGUUGUCAGUUUCUCCUCCCUUUCAAGAGUAUGACAGGGAUACUUAUACUGGAAUUACUAUAAUUCAAUGUAAUGAGGGUUCUGUAUUUGCUUUUUAUUUAAUGUUGGGGUACAUGGGGUUCCUGGCAGCUCUGAGUUUUGGUCUGGCUUUCAUGGUGAGGACAUUACCUGACAUGUUUAAUGAAGCCAAAUACAUCACCUUCAGCAUGCUGGUGUUCUGCAGUGUCUGGAUCUGUACCAUCCCAGCCUAUCUGAGCAGUAAGGGGAAAAACAUGGUCAGUGUACAGAUUUUUGCUAUACUGGCUUCAGUUAUUGGAAUACUGAGCUGUAUAUUUUUCCCUAAAUGCUACAAUAUUCUCCUGAGACCUGAAAUGAACAGUAAGAGAAACCUGUUAGUGAAAAGUUUUUCAUAA